CCUCCUGCUCCUCCUGCUGUAGAGGUGAUGGGCUUCUCUGGCGCCGCCCCCGAGAUUGUGAACGGCCGCCUGGCCCAGCUGGGCUUCCUGGCCGCCGUCGGCGCCGAGCUGGCCACCCAGCAGCCCGUCUCUGCCCAACUGUCCGGCUACGGCGUCCCAAUCGCCGCCACCUUUGCCCUCUUCGCUGUGGCCUCUCUCAUCCCCAUCUUCAAGGGCGUCAAGAACGAGGAGUCGUUUGGCCCUUUCACCCCCAACGCCGAGCUCAGCAACGGCCGCUGGGCCAUGAUCGGCUUUGCCUCCCUGCUGAUCGUGGAGGCGGUCAAGGGCUCUGCCCUGUUC